AGGGGAGGGGGGAGUUCCACUGAAGCAAGCAAACUAUGGAGCACUACCAAGACGAGGGCGGCGACGGCAUCGAGCUGCUCGACUGGCUGUUCGAUCAGAACGAGGGGAUCCUCCGUCACGAGGAGGCGGGACGCCAUGGCAACCGCCUCACCUGGCCGCUCCAGGACCCGACUCAGAUGCCGCAGGCGGACGACGACUUCCUCAACGCCCUCCUGAGCGGAAGCGGCGACUCGGCCUCGGGCUCGCCCCUCUGGCCGUCUUCUCCCAGCGACAGCGGGAUCAGCGAGGACCCCGCCUCGGACCAGAUGGACAGCCCCCAGCGCCCCGAGAGCCCCAGCGGGGCCGCGCGGUGUUUCGCCGCGAGGCCACAGACCGACGCGGCGGGCCCGGGAGCCGCAGCGCCCGCUGACCUCUAUGGCUGGCAGGCCGCAUUCCCAGCGGGCCGGACGAGGAUUACACAACCCCCCCUCGAUGCGCGUCGACCACAGAUGCCCCCCAGCUUCCCGCUGACUGUCAAGGAUCUGCUGCUGUGUGGCACCCAGGAGCCCCCCCCGCACCCGUCUCACCAGUCCAUUCAGGAGCUGAUUCUCAACGAAGAUGAGAAGAAGCUUCUGGCGAAGGAGGGGGUGACUCUGCCCGGCCAGCUACCUCUGACCAAGUACGAGGAAAGGAUCCUGAAGAAAAUACGCAGGAAGAUUCGCAAUAAGCAGUCGGCUCAGGAGAGCAGGAAGAAGAAGAAGGAGUACAUUGAUGGGCUCGAGAGCAGGAUGGCGGCCUGCAACGCACACAACCACGAGCUGCAGAGGAAGGUGUCCCAGCUGCAGAAAUGCAACAUGUCGUUAAUGGAACAGUUGCGCAGGCUGCAGGCCAUGGUCAUGGGUUCCUCCAACAAGCCGGCCCAGGCCGGGACGUGUGUGCUGGUGCUUCUGCUCUCCUUCUCGCUGAUCCUGUUCCCGAGCCUCAAGCCUUUCUCUGACGCCAAGGUCAGCCAAGGGGACUUCGGUCCAGUCAGAAUCCAGUCACGGUCCCUGCAGAACCUGCAGGCUUCGCGCGUUCUGCAUGUCACCGAAUCCCCGUUCCCCGCCGCGGACGAGCCGGAGCCUCUGCGCCGGGAAAUGGAAGAUAUCACCGCCGUGAUGGAGAAGCUGGACGUGAGCCCGGACCGGUCCGCCAUGGAGCCCCUGGAGCCCCUGGAGCCCGUGGCCGUAAACGGCAGCCGGCAAGAACCCGUGGUCGAUCAUUUCCACGUGGACCCAAUUACCGGUCACAUAGCUUCCCUGACCCUGGACCCCCGGCGCUCUGCGCGGCUGCGACCGCAUGCUGAUGACAUGUGAGAGGAAUGGAUGAAUUAUUUCUACGUGAAUUCCCUAAAUCUUCCUGCUCCCGAUAGCAGAAAUAUCUGUUUUAUACAGUUUAAACUAAUCGUUUCUGGCCUUUUAAUAUUGUUUCUGUAUUUAGUUUGUAUUUCUUUUCCUUGGUUGUGAUGCUGUUUUAUUGUGCAUAAUAUAAUCGUACACUGAAAUUGGUCGUGUGGAUUAAUUGAGUAAUAUUGCGCUGCUGACUUUAAAUAAAAUGUCAGUGCGAUUUAGUUUGUUUAAGAAUGACAAAAAAAAGCUGGGCACAUUGCGCUCGGAUGACGUGUACAGUUUUGAUCUCAACAGACAAUUCUUAAAAUGUUAAUGUUUUUUUAGGGCAUGUUUUCCAUUUAAGAAUUUAUUGGAAGUGUUUGGAAUAAUUCAUGAAUAAAAUCUGCCUCAAAUAAAAUAUGUCAAAACAA